CAAGAAAAGAGGCAUAAACCUGGUACAGUCGGCGGUAGCUAAGUCUACCUCAGACAUCCUGCUUAGUUGUCUCGUGACUGGAAUCUUUGUUUGUCGCGCCCGGGAUCGGGGAUAAGCCCCUCGCUGCGAUACAUAUCUUUUCUACUAGCGGCUUUUUCCCCCAGAGAUAGGGCCACAUUGCGCGAUUUGCGAUUCGCGAAUACACCACAAAGAUAGCGCCAGCCCUUUAUUUAGCAAUAGUUGUUGCCUACACUCAAUUGAAGAAUACACUCCAACAUUACUGUCAUGUCUGAAACCCCCGUUUACCCUGGCGACGAACUUACACCCACGGUUUCGCUCGUGGGCUCCUCUGUCAGAUGCGCUGAUGAUACCUCAGAGGCCACGCCCCCGCCCAACACCAAGUCCAAAUCCAAGUCCAAGUCGAAGAAGAAGAAGAAGAGCAAGGCUUCCGUCACCACUUCUCUUGAUGAUUUAAUCAGCGAAGGCGCCUUACUUGCAUCGGAAGAGGACUUUGCUGAGUUCUUGGACGAUUCCGGUAAUGUCAAGUCUGAGAUUGUUGCUUCCGUCAAGGGGGGGCCAAAGGAGCUUACCAAAAAUCCCUCAAAGGAUGAAAUUUCUAAGGAUGAAAUUUCUAAGGAAGAGAUUUCUAAGGAAGAGAUUUCCAAGGGAGAGAUUGCCUCCAAUGGAGCAACUGCUGGGAUUGUACCUGGUACCCCCGAUUCGGUUUCUGCAACUCCCGAGCCCCCCUCGCCAGUCCGGGGAACUGUCUCGGAACCUUCCCACGGUGAUUCUGCUGCAGCUAGCUACGACCAGGACCAUUAUACGCCCUCCUUGAUGAUAUUGGAGGCUGAAGGCGCGUUGUUGUCCUCUAGCGAUCUCCUUCCUAGUCACUCGGUGGACGACCUUUCCCAGCAUUCCGCGGAGCCAACCGUGGUGCCGGCCAGGGUGCAGUUCACGGAAGAGACGCCAGAGGUUGUCAGUCAUGUCGACUCGUUGUUCACUGUACCAGCCGGUGCGCGUGACGGUUCUGCCUCGCCGUUUAUCCACGCCAGAUCCUCGUCGCGUGUCAAGGAGUCCCUGAACUUGAACCCUCACAAGCCGUUGAAUAUGAGCAAGCCUCAUUUGGCCAGAGGCGAUUCAUACCAGAAUACCCACGAUAGGUCGCCAUCCCCGUCUUGCGAGCCUGAAGUGCAAGAGCUGGUGGGGGAAGAGCUGGUGGAGGAAGAGGAUGAAGCUGAUCGGACCGGUAGAACUGGCCGCACAGUGACGUCGGGGGUUGAUAGGCCGAAGUACACUAGAUCGGCGUCCUCCCAGGCUUACUUGAGAUCCAUCUCCAGAUCCCGCUCCAGGCAGCCGUCCGUGGGGUCCCGUGUGGCGCAUCACGAAGAAACCAACGAGGUGCUUACCGAGGAAGGCGCCUUGAUUGGCGGAAACUUGGACAUGAGACCGGACUUGCAGGAGCUUGCAGACAAAGCAUACGGCGAAGAGAAACACUCCAAUUUGCACGAACACUCCAAAGUGAUUGCCGAAGCUGAAGAGGAUGAGGAGCCAGCAGAUGGUGAUGUCACACUCACCCAGGAGACCGCCAAGGAGUCGAGUGGGGAGUUAGCCGCCUUACCCCUGGUCGAAACGCCCGAAGUGCCGAAUGGAGGUGAGACUGGGAUAGAACCGAAUGAGACCGAAGAGAUCACGAAGGAAAUAGAUGAACCGCUUGUUGGGGUUUCCAAGCCAAUUCAAGCGAAGGAUCUUAAAGCCGGAGAACCAGGCCUGGCCAAGACUGAGGCGGAGUCUAAGCAAGACGCUGGUGAGGAGAUAACGCCUGCGGUGGAGAAGUCGGUUCAAGAUAUCGCUAAAGUCGAUCCAGUAACCACAGCAGAGGCUACUGAUAACGAACCAGUGUCUGGAUUUCAGACAGUCUCCAAUGGAAUGAAUUCAGCUAUCGAUGAAUCCCCUUCCGUCGAGGCCCCCUCAGAUGGGCCAGGUGAAGAAACCUCUUUCAUUGAAGCUGUUAGUAACGAGUCCGCUAGUAAUGAGCCAACCGCUAAGGAACCUGUGAUUAAUACUGAGGAUGAACUAAUCAGCGAUACUAGACCAGUUACUGAGGUCGAGCCAGCCUCUCAUCUCCUCAAGGAUGCCGCCCUGGUCAGUGAACCUGUUUCGAAGGAGGAAGCCACUUCCGAUAACGUCCAUGCUGAUGCGACUCUCACAAAAGAGGCGCUUCCAUCUUCUGAGCCCAUUGCUGUGAGCAUUGAGGCAACAAAGAUCGAAGAGGAGAAUGAUGUACCAGGCACCGACGUGCCUGCCGAAUCUGAGGCGAAUGAAGCUACUGCCCCUGCAGCCCAAUCUAAAGGCUCUUCGGUUGACUUCACAGACGACGACUUUGCUGGUAUUUCCGAAUCAGACUUGGAGAAGGAGUUUGGCGGCAGAGACUUGGAUACUCUCGUCACCAAAUCCAACCCAAGCGCCAAAGUCACCACCAUCACCGACGACGAUUUCUCUGGUAUUACGGCCGCGGAGAUUGAAAAAGAGUUUGGGGCUAAGAAACCCGAGGCCACCCCCGUUUUUGUCUUCAGUUCCUUUGCCGGUGGGUUCCAAGUCGCCAGCCGCACCCGCAGACUUGAAAGCAUUUUGCAGGCCAACGAGAUCAAGUUUGUGACUAGGGAUUUAGGUACCGACGACGAGGCCAAGAAGAUUUGGAGGCGUUAUAGCAAUGGCAAAACUUUGCCAGGGGUUGUCAAGAACGUGGACGAUUUCAUUGGCAACUGGCAGGACUUGGAGGAUGCUAACGAACACUGGGAGGUUAGAGACUUGGUGUACAGUCAGGGCGCCUAUAAAUAAUUGUGCACGUAUAUGUAUACUUGAUUCUAUGUACUCUGUCUUGGAAGCCGCUAUUGUCAUUGUAUUUAAUAUUUUAACAAUAUGCUAA